AAUGAGACAAAAGACUGUUGGCUGAAAAUAAUUUCUCUCUUAGCUGGACCAUCUCUGAUCAACAACCCACCACCACCGUCCUGAGUGAAGCUUCAAUAGAUGUAUUUAUCUAUGGUGCCUCAGGUGAAACGCAUGACAAGAGAAGCAGGCUAUAUCUGGGUAUGUCAAUCCAGUUGGCUAUACAUUAAUGGCAUUCUCUGUCUCUUUACAUAAAACUAUUCUGUUCCCAGAGCGUAGCCAAUAAUAAAGUACCCCUUUUUAAAUGAAUAAAUGCCACUUUUAUGUAAUAUUUCCAAAACGAAUGUUUAAUGGUAAAUAAGCAUUAUAGUAAUGUAGCUACUUGAUUGAUUUAAUAACGUUACUUUUAAUAAAUCAGUCAAAUUAUUGUGUGAACAUAGUCCCAUGAAUUGGACAUUUUGCGUGUUGUAGCGCAUUUAUUUAGCUAUUGCUCCUCGCGAUGUUAAUUUGAAAUGAUCGAAUCAGUUUAUCUCUGACAACUUACAAUUCUUAUUAAUCAUUUUCUGUAGGUUAUCGAAUGGAGUAGCCUGUGUCACCUGUAUUAAAAAAAUAUAUGGUUUUAGAUUGAUCUAAAAAGUCGAAUUAGGCUAGGGAUCAAAACACGUUUUCUAAACUCCCUCUGUGUAGGAGCAAAAUAUUUUAGCGUCCAACAAACUUAGCCUAUUUUAAUGCAAUAUUAUAUCUAAGCACUACCCUAUCUUAAAAAGCAGGGUGGCCCACUAUAUCUCGAGAGAGAGAUAAGCUAUCACCAGUCUCAGUAGGCCAUUGAUGUAUGGGGGUUCUUUAAUUCAAGUUAAAUUAGGAACUUAGAUUUGGUAAAAUAGCACAAUAAACUCUCUAUUAAAAAAAUACGUAAAAAACCGACCAGUCUAUUUUAAGUUAAUGGUGAAAGUUAUUGUGUAUGAUGAAUUUUUAGGGCCUGUUUAUUUAUAGCUUACAACUCCAGUUGUCCUUUGCUAUAGAACUGCAGUGCUUGCUUUAAUUCACAUUAGACCUACAUUGCGAGUUUAUCAGACUGAUGGCUGGAUUCGAUUGAUGUGUUUGUCAUGUAAAUACGAAUCGUUUGAUGGACACCUGCAACGCCCAGAGUGCUACCGCAGGUCGCCCACUAUUGGUGCAAAAUUAGUCACAUGAUCUGUCACUAAACUGAUAUGAGCUCGGAUAGAACUUUGUGUGGUUUGACAUACUGCUUAGAGGUUGUAGGGGCACUGGGACCACACAUCAGCCUAUAUUGACCCUGCUUAAUCAAUUUUGCCUGGUCAGUCAACAAUGAAUUCCUACUUAGAUUAUACGAUUUAUAACCGUGAUGCUAACACUUAUAGUUCGAAGGUUGGGUGUUUUCCUAUGGAACAGGAAUACUUGCCAAGUCCUUGUACAAGUAGUACAAAUAGUUACAUUCCCGAGGGACGGCCAGUCGGAGGGAACACUUUUACACCGGCAACGCACGAAACUCACGGUACAGCUUAUGCACAACUUCAUUCGCAGCAAUACCACAUCAACGUGGAUAUGGGGAAAACUGGACAAACCAAUUUUGGCAAGCAAACCCGACCUUCUCACUCGGACUAUGGACAUCAACACAUUUUCACUCAAGCAGAUGACCACAUGCGUCUUCAGUCCCCUGCUUUUUCUGUCGUGAACAUGGGAGCCAACAUUGGAACAUACAGUGACUCUAACUGCAGGCCUGGCUCGGUCUCUGCAAGCCACUAUCAGUCCUAUCCCUAUGGAGAACAUGAACCACCACACGGCAAUGGUUCGUUCAGCAAGUACCACAUCUCCCCUGACAGUGACAGCGACUCCAAGACGAACAUCAAACAAGCGCCAACGUUUGACUGGAUGAAAGUCAAGAGAAACCCCCCUAAAACAGUUAAAGUCGACGAAUAUGGGAUCCACGGCCAGCAGAAUAUAAUACGCACCAAUUUCACCACCAAGCAGCUCACCGAACUUGAGAAGGAGUUCCACUUCAGCAAGUACCUGACCAGAGCACGCAGAGUAGAAGUGGCCGCCACCCUCGAAUUGAACGAAACGCAGGUUAAAAUUUGGUUUCAGAAUCGCAGAAUGAAACAGAAGAAGCGCGAGAAGGAAGGAACGGCGCCGGUAAUUAAGCGUGCGACUCUUUGCUCUUCUGGUCAAAGCGCAGAGACCUCAAACAGCUCAUCCCCGAGUGCUUCGCCUGCCUCAGACUCUUCCACUGCUGUUUGAUGAUUACCUGCCCUUGUGGCAAACGAACUGAUGUUUCAUCAUUGUGCUGUGGAGAACUAUUUAACUUAUUCUGCUUUCUUAGACAAAGCAUUAAAUAUGUGCUAGUGUAUGCAUGCGUGUUUUAUAUAUAGCGCAAAAUAAAUAAUUUUGCUGCAUUACAGCUACUGAAUUCGUGGUGCAAAAUGCAUUAACAGGGUAUAUGUCCAAAGCAAGAGGUUGUAAGGUGUUUUUUUUUUUUUUUGUCAUCAGGUUGAUAUCUUUUUUUUUUUGCACUAUACUGAUUCAUUCCUCUUUUGAAAGAGUAAAAAAAAAUAUUUGUAAAGACUGACAUGUUUAUGUAUUUAGAAAACAAUCUGUCCUGUGACGUUAUGACCAAUAAAUACAUUUUAUUUUUCUGAAACAUGUUUGUGGGUUUAAUCCGAUUUGAAUCAAUCUUUUAAUUAAAAGGCUCUUCAUGAUGUUGGCAUGAUUGUGUCCUUUGUCAAAAGAUGUUGCAAUACAAUGAAGCUCAUUUAAAUCAGUGUUGUUCUAGUCUGUAUAGUUUGACAAGAGGAAUGUUGCAUUAUACACCGGGUGGCUUCCUAUGACCUUUUCACCUUUUUGUGCCUACAGGCUCUCUAAACAUGUAAACACCCCUUGGUGCUCAGUAUAACACUCAGAUUCAAUGUUUCAGUUCUACUUGGCACAGAUAAUGCAGGUACACAAUGUAUUUGACUUUUAGCGGAGUAAGACCUUUUCUAACUCCAAGUUACAAGACCCCUUUUAGCAUCUCAUUUGUGUUUUCUUAGACAAGGCCAUCAAUAAGAGAAUGGAUUUGUAGAUUAUAUAAAUCUAUUUGGAAAUAAAACAAAUGGCCUCUGUAUGCAUAAA